UUCUUCCGGUCCUCUUUUUGUUUUGAUAGGCUCCGAGGAUGUCGGUGGGCGAGGAAACAGCGAGAUUGGCAGGUUUCUGAAGCCUCUCCCGGCUUCUCCUUUUUCCUUUGUAGCCAUCGGGGAUGCACUGGAUUGAGAAGGAGGUGUAAAGAGUUUGAUAUUUGGCGGCUUGUUAUGGAGAAGGUGUUGUGCCCUCCGCAUGGUGUGUUUCACUGCAGUUUAUGCGCCAGCUGAAGUGCUCACUGCACACCCCCCCCCCCCCCGGGUUCCCUGUCUUUUAAAGACUGGCAUAAAAGAUGGCCCAAACAAAGGCAAAAGCUUUUAUGUGUGUGGAGUCCAAAACCAGCCGCCUUGUGAAUUUGUCUUCCCCACCAAACUUUGUCCUUCUCAUUGCUUGAUACACGAGGAGUGUGUGGUGGAACUGCAAGUUUUGGUCCAGCAGCAGGAGACAGACCAAUAUCGACUGUUCUAUCGAUGCACGAAAUGUAAAAUGGAAGGGAAGCAGUGGUGUGGGAGUGUCCCAUGGCAGGAUUCACAACCCACCAAAUUAUCAUCUAAACCACAAUCUCAGCACACUUUGGAUCUAUCCCUUAAUCGCGGAGAUCAAAGAAACCCAUUCAAAGUGCUAGACAAGAAUCAAGAACGUUUCUGUUUGAAACAGAUUAAUAACGACGGGGACAAAAAUUCCCCCAAAAAGGACAAUAGAGAGACAUUGGGCUACGAUAAAAAGUUUCAGCAGAAAUUAUCAACUGAAUCUGUUGGGAAAGAACUUCUGAAAGAUUGUAAAAUUGAGUUGGGAAAUAAAAGUGGUAGAUCAUCCAAGGGGGAAAAACAAACCCAAAUGAGUUCAAGUGACCUGACAGCGGGCCUUCAAGAAACUGCACUUUUGCAUAUACCAAAAAGUUGCUCCGGCACGAAAGCUGAGAUACCAUCUGGGUAUAUAAGGGGGAGUUCCGUUAUGAGACCUGCUAAAGAUGGCUUGCAGAAACAAGAAAGAAGUUGUUGCAGCCAAGCACCAAGCAUAAAGCCCCUUAAUGAGGACCAGCUUGGAAAAGGAGGAUCAGAAACAUGCAUAGACAAAAGGGUAACAGUGAAGAUGCAUGGCAAUGGGGGACAUGAAAAGAGGACUGUCACACCUGGAGGACUUGUAAUCACUGAGGAACAUACAGGCCUGCCUACAGUGUCCACUAGAGAAAACCCUCUAUUACCCAGGGAAAUAACUCCAGAAGAAAAACAGGGUACCAACAAAAAUGUUACUGGUGAUGAGCAGCAUAGAUUUUUGCCCUCCAAGUCACCUGUUGAACUAACAGUAGAUUCCUUGCAUGGAAAAGAUUGGUGUAAGAAGAAUUCACCUUCCCUCUCGCAAGGAAGCGCCUCUUCACAAAGGGCAGAAAUUGUGGAUUCCAAAGCCCUUCACGGCCAACUUUCAGCUCAAUUAAGACAAAAAACGAACACUUUGAAAAUGGUGAACGUGCGGGCUCUGCCAGAUAAAGGGGCACGAUUAUUAAAGCAAGUGCAAGAGCUGGAAGCUGCACUUAGCUCUCUUAACCUGGAAAUCCAAGAAGAUGCAAAGCAAGGUGAUGCGGGCAUUGUCAGAAAGAAAGAAGAAUUGCUGCAUAACCCAUUCAGAAGAACCACCACAGAGCCACCAAGUAUCCUGAAGGGAAAAGGGCCACAGAUGUUCCAUGAGCAUAAGGAUACCAGACAGUUAGAGCUCAGUCUUCCUGCAGGAUCUAAUCAACACUGUAGUAACCCUUCUGGAGAAUAUUCUUCUGUGCAAACCUUUUAUGGAGGUCGAAUGACAGAAGAUCGGCUCAGAGCUGUGUAUAAUGCCACAAGUGAUGCAAUUAACCAGCUCCACAAGUCCCUCAAGUCCUGCCCCGCAGAGGAGGCGGUGGCUGUAGACCCGCCAGGGUUGAAGGUCUCUCUUUUGCUGCACCAGAAACAGGCACUUGCUUGGCUUCUCUGGCGGGAAAUCCAGGUGCCAUGUGGAGGAAUCCUGGCGGAUGAUAUGGGCUUAGGGAAGACUUUAACAAUGAUUGCACUUGUCCUGUCCCAGGGACAGUUACAAAAGGAGAAGCGACAGGAGAAGAAAUUAGAGAUCUGCAUUUCACGACAAGAUUCCUCUGUUACGUUUUCCAAUGGUACUCUGAUCGUCUGCCCUGCCUCCCUGAUCCAUCAUUGGAAAAAGGAAGUGGAACGGCAUGUAAACAAUGGCAAACUGAGAAUCUGCCUGUACCAUGGACACAACCGAAACAAGAAUACAACAGUCCUCUCUGGAUAUGAUAUUGUUAUCACCACCUAUAGCAUCCUUGGCAAGGAAAUCCCCACGCGUAACGAAGAAGCGGAGGUUGCUGCAAAGGACCACGUUUCACAGGAUAAACCGUUCUCUCCCUUGCUCUGGAUAAACUGGGCUAGAAUUAUAUUGGAUGAAGCACACAACAUCAGAAACCCUAAAGUGCAGGCCUCAAUAGCAGCCUGCAAGUUGAGAGCAUCUGCCAGGUGGGCUGUAACUGGGACACCCAUUCAGAACAAUCUCUUGGACAUGUACUCCCUGCUAAGGUUUCUUCAUUGCUCGCCUUUCGAUGAAUUCAAGGUAUGGAAGAGUCAAGUGGACAAUAAUACAAGAAAGGGAGGAGAGAGGUUGGCUAUUUUAACCAGGAGCCUCUUGUUGAGAAGAACCAAGGACCAGCUGGACUCAUCUGGCAAGCCUCUAGUCUCACUACCUCAACGUCUCACUCGGCUACACAGAUUAAAACUCUCAGGCGCUGAACAGUCAGUGUAUGAUGUGCUAUUCACACGAUCAAGGUCGACGUUGCAAUCCUACCUCAAGCGGCAGGAGACUCAGGCGACAGGGAGCAGUGGAGAGAACCCAUUUGAGAGAGCGCAUCAGUUUCAAGCUGGUCAGCAGGACUCCAUGGGAAAGACUAAGAUAGAUACUCCUUCAGUCUCUACGACUGUUCAUAUCUUAUCCAUGUUGUUGAGGCUCCGUCAGUGCUGCUGCCAUCUUUCGUUGCUAAAAGUGGCUCUGGAGAAGGCCAGCUUGGACAGUGAAGGCAUCUCCCUCUCACUGGAGGAGCAGCUUAGUGCUAUGACCUUGUCUGAAUCUGAUAGCAGUGACCCUCAGUCUGUGGUGUACCUCUUUGGUUCGCCUUUUGGCGUGGAUCUCUUUGAAAUCACUAGACAGAGUACCAAGUUAUCACAUCUCUUGGAAGAGCUAAAGGCCAUCCAGCGUCAGUCCCAGAAAAGUGUCGUCGUGUCACAGUGGACUAGCAUGCUGAAGAUUGUGGCAGUCCACCUUGAGAAGCUUGGCCUGAAAUAUGCCACAGUGGAUGGCUCUGUGAGUCCAAAGCAGAGGAUGGAUUUGGUGGAGGAAUUCAACAAUAAUCCCAAAGGAUCUCAGGUGAUGUUGAUCUCCCUCUUGGCUGGAGGCGUUGGCCUCAAUCUCAUUGGUGGAAAUCAUCUCUUCCUCCUUGACAUGCACUGGAAUCCAGCUCUAGAGGACCAAGCCUGCGACCGUAUUUACCGUGUGGGACAGCAAAAGGAUGUUGUGAUCCACAGGUUCGUUUGUGAAGGGACAGUGGAAGAAAAGAUCUCUGGGCUGCAAGGCACAAAAAAAGAGCUGGCUCAGAAAGUGCUGUCGGGAAGAGGAGACUCCUUCACGAAGCUCACCCUGGCAGACCUCAAGCUUCUUUUUAGCAUUUGACUGUCACAUUCUGAAUAAAAAGAAAUUAUGUGGGAGUGCCUUAAAAAGUAAAUUAAGUGUUUUUUAAUAAAUAAAACAAUUAGCUCAA